GGCUACUAUAUAAGCCCCAGUCAUAUUAGCCAAGUCAAGUAGUUGAUACAGCUAUUCCAUUCGAGUCAACAUGUUUGCCAAAACCUUUGUCAUCGCCAUUAUCCUGUGCGCCUGUUAUUUGGGCAUGAUUCAGGGCCAACUUCCAGCUCCGCUUGGUCAAGUUGUCGGUGGUGUGGCUCCUGCUGCUGGUGGGUUAACAGGUGGGUUAGGAGGUGGUGCAGCUGCUGGUUCGUUGUUGCAACAAGGUCUGGACACCGUCCAGCAUGCAGGAGGUACUCUUCACGGUUCCCCCGGCGUUUUAAGUCUAGGUGGACGCUAAAUUACCAAUUUAAAAUGAAAAUAUGUUUUCCAACCUUUUAAUGAAAGUUUAAUGAUUUUUUUAUUUUGAAAUUUAAAAGUAUCUCUUCAAAAUUAAAUGUUUUGUUUUUAAAAUAAAGUAAAGUUUCAUGAAA